GGAGGAGAAGGGGGGAGGAAAAACACUAAAGGGGUAGCUAUGGAGAUGGAGCGUUUUCCUGGCUGCUUUCUUUGACAGGUGUUGAGUGGGGCAAAAGUCUUAAAACAGAAUCCAGCAUGUACGCCAAAGGUAAAGGAGCUGUCGUCCCUUCUGAUAGCCAAGCGAGAGAAAAUGUAUUCUGGGAUCUGUACUGCGCCGCCCCGGACCGGAGGGAGACGUGCGAACAUUCCAGCGAGGCCAAGGCCUUCCACGACUACAGUGCAGCCGCCGCUCCCAGCCCAGUGAUGGGCAACAUGCCGCCCAACGAUGGCUUGCCAGCAGGACCCAUGCCCCCCGGCUUUUUUCAAGGCCCUCCAGGAUCUCAGCCCUCCCCUCACACACAGCCUCCCCCACACAACCCCAGCAAUCCCAUGAUGGGCCCUCAUGGACAGAACUACGGCGGGGGUAUGAGGCCUCCCCCCAACUCCAUGGGACCAGGGAUGCCAGGCAUGAACAUGGGUCCCGGUGGACGAGGUCCAUGGCCGAACCCCAACAACAACUCAAUAGCAUAUUCAUCUUCAUCUCCAGGAAACUAUGUAGGUCCUCCAGGAGGAGGCGGCCCACCAGGAACUCCCAUCAUGCCGAGCCCCGGAGAUUCCACAAAUUCAAGUGAAAACAUCUACACAAUGAUGAAUCCCAUCGGUCCUGGUGGAAACCGACCCAACUUCCCAAUGGGACCAGGUCCAGAUGGGCCCAUGGGUGGGAUGGGUGCUAUGGAGCAGCAUCAUAUGAACGGAUCACUAGGCUCUGGUGACAUGGAUGGGUUGCCAAAGAAUUCUCCCAACAAUAUGGCAGGCAUGAACAAUCCUCCCGGCACUCCGCGGGAUGAUGGCGAGAUGGCUGGCAACUUUUUAAACCCAUUCCAAAGUGAAAGUUAUUCACCCAACAUGACGAUGAGUGUGUGAUUUUUUUCCCCUUUUUUUUUUUUACUUCUUCGUCUCCUUUUACCUGAAUCCCUCCCUCUCUGUCUACCCUGCUGUGUCUUGCAUCUUCCUCCCUCCUCCUCCUCCUCGUGGACGGUGUGCCAUGCAGCUCCUGGGGAUCGCCCUGGAACGCAGGACUUCCUUUAAGAACCCGCAUCUCGCUGCCGGUAAAAUGGCUGUUAGAGCCUGAAACGGUCUCCAAACGGCAGGGAAGGACCUCCUCACCUGCUGGGACUCAUCAAGGCCCCCGAAGAACACAAAGCUUCCCCGCAUCUCAGAAACUUUUUUCCUCUUGGCGGGCGGCGUUCAGGCUCAGUCAUGAUCCUCCUCUUCAGUUAGGCGUACCCUGCUCUGCGCCAUCAAGAAGUUAUUCAAACUCUCUGAUCCCAUGGCAGGAUGAACUGAUAAUGGCCUUUUAGGGCAAGAAGGAUGUCAUAACAAUUUUAUUUUAUUUUAUUUUAUUUUAUUUUUUGCUGUAGAGGAUAAUAUUGUUGCUCUAACUUACAUAAUUGCUGUUAUUCUGCUAAUGUAGCUAUGAUUUCCUGCUAAUUUUGUCUCAGCAGCAUCAAUGACAGAAGAAGCACACAUUUGAGGAAUGCACAAAGAUAUUUUUUUGUUUGUUUACAUGGUUGAAGUUGUUUUGGGAUAUUUUUUGGGCACAUUUUGGUUUUAUUUUAGACACCUCUCUGAAAAAAAAAAACUGUAUCUCAACACAUUUUCCAUCCUAAAUGUUUCUUCCUGAAACUCUCAUAAGGUGGAGUGCAGUUGGAUUGCUGGGAUGCACAUCAGCUGUUUGUCUUAAAAACAAAAAUAACCCUGACUCAGCACUUUUACUGCUGGUGACUCAAGAAGCCGACUAUCAGAACGGAAGCUGCUCCAUCUUCAACGGAGAUGAGCAUUUUGUGAUUUUUUGUCUGUGCAGCAUAAUCAGUUUGUAUGGUUUUUUUUUUUUGUUUUGUUAUUUACGAGUUGUCUGUGAAUCAGAAAAUGUUUCACCUAACUCUUGAGUGGCAGCGUUUUCCUCCCAGGAUUCAAUCUGAGCUCUUUUGGACUGACAGAGCGCUUGUGGGACUUCCUGACUCAUAUUUUUUGGAGCAGAUUUUUUUCUUUUGCCAUUCACACAUUGUGGUGAUUCACUUUCACAACAGUUCCUGUUUACUGCUACCCUCACCCUUAUGGGUGGUGGGUAAGAGACCCGGGGGGGUUCAGAAUGACGCACCUUGAGUUGAAGAAGARGAAACAAACUCAUUUAUUUUCAGCUGUUUUUUAUGUAUUCAAAUAAAACACAAAGAUACUAUCAGCCCUCACUGUUGCUCCUUAAAAGUGAUUGACUGUCUUGGCCCCACACCGGCAGCUCUCGCGUCACAAUAAGUAACGAAGGGCUGAAGCCUCUGCUGACGUAUUUACAGGUUUAUUGGCAUCAAUGUGAACAGAUCGUACCCAGACAUCAGGGACAUCUCCAGGACUUGGAGUCACUCUGUCCAGUGACACACAUGCCCCUCCUCCACAGCCCCACCCUCUUUCUUUUCUUUCUUUUAUCCUUUGUAAAUACUGUAUAAUGCAUUUUGAUAUCAUUGACAUGUUUUGAUAUGUCAGUCACUACCAAUGAAAACAGCUGAGAGUAAAUUAUAAAUAAAACUGUUCAUGUUUUUUUUCUUUUCUUUUCUUGUCUUUUCUUUUUUUGUUUCACAGAGGAAGGAUGUGUGAACCUUUUUGGCUCAUGUGGAUAAAUUUAUAGAAUACUGUAAAGUGGCUAAAUGUAUAAAUGACAGUAACACACCGACUGACUGCUGACAAAGACUUUGUGUGGUUGGGAGGAAGGGACAGACUCACUGUCUCUCAUGUCCUCUCAUUUCAGUCAGAUGUUACUGUUUUGGUCUAAAUAAAAAAGGAAAAAAAAUGAAUAUGUUUUCCAAAGGGCAUCUUAACAAAAAAAACAUGACCUCAUGUUGCAGUUUUUAAUAUGAAGGAUUUUUAUCAAUUUAAGUAAACUUUUAAAAUGGAAAAAAAAAAUCUUAAGAGAACAUUUAAAAUGAAAAAGAAUAGAUCAAAUAGUAUUGAUGGAGGAAAACUGUCCUUUGCUAUUUGACUGUGUGAUAGCACUGUAUAGUUUAAAGCUGUAUCACUGAUCCUCUCAGUCCUCUGUGUAAAUUGAUCGUUGACCAUCUCUGUACUUCUAUUGUGGUGUAUAAUACUGUACCAUGAGGAAGAUGUGCUGAAGUGGGGCGGAGCGGGUUGAGGUUUUGAGGGAGGGGGCAUAUAAAGGAUUCCCCUGUCUCUAAUGACGCGGCAGUAUUCAAUAUGAAGCAGUCUGUCUCCUGGGUUUGCUUUGUAUUUCAUGGUAGGAUAGUCCAGAUUCUUGUCUUAGGGAUUUAGGUGUCUUGUGUAGGUAAUAAAGAUGUUCUUUGUAUGUUUCUUUAUAUUGUAAAGUUCUUUUAGACUAAAAGAAAAACAGAGCAUUUGCUUAUAAAAAAGAAACAAUGCAUCAGUAAUAAAUGUCAUUUGAUUUUUC